GACCCGAACUGUCGCUCUUACCCUCAUCGUGGCGACUCGCCCGAGUCUUAGGGAACCAAUGAUGGCCGAAUCUGAACUGCAUCUACAUGAAACGACCUCAGUUCCGAGAGUGAAGUCUGCACCAAAAGAAAACCAGAUUCCUACGGCGUUCUUGUAUUAUCCAAGUGACGACGGCACCGAUGAAAAUCUCCUCAUUCUCCUACAUGGCCUAGGAGACACACAUAUACCUUUUUCAAAGCUGGGAAGACAACUCAAGUUACCUCAAACCGCCAUACUCGCUUUGCGGGCUCCAGAAAAGAUACCUUUCCUUUAUGAAGAGGCUUAUCAGUGGUAUCUUUCAUUCGAUCAACUCGGGGAUCUCAUAGAUCGACCAAAUCCCACACCCGCGCUGGAUUUACUUUCAAAAGUCUUCGCUCAUCUCACCGAGCAAUGUGGAUGGUCUACCAGCAAGAUUCACUUAUUCGGAUUUGCCCAAGGAGGGUCUGUAGCUCUAGAGUUUACGAUAAAACUUUGGAGGCAACAACUGGGAAUAGGAUCGGUCGUGUCCAUCUCCGGACCAUUGCUUUCGUAUCCGACACUAUCUUCACCUUGCUCAUCUCCCAUGCUUGCUGUGUAUAGACCACCUCCAGCAGAACCCAGUCUUGCACCGGGAGAUAUUACCGCGUUAAAGAAGGCCUUCGGUUUCUUCAAGGAGGGAAAGUUAUCGUCAAAAUCUUCCGGAAUGCCGUCGUCUAAGGAUGAGUGGGAGCCGAUCAUGAGGUUCUGGAGUGAAAGACUUAGUAGGAGACAGGUGGAUGGAUUGUAUGAAGUGAUGAGUGGAACUGCUCCGCCAAAAUAGCCGAUAUUUCUAUAAUUCCAAGUUGUACAGCUGGUAUGGUGGUCGUCCCAGGAUCGUUGUGAACGGUUGGAACGCCUACCGAAUACGGAAGAUCCGGAAGAAGUUUAGUAUGUUUUACGACAUGAAGAGUUGCUUGAAUAACGCCUCAUAUUCUGCUUA